CGGGGAUCCGGGCAGCGGCAGCGGAGCAGCAGCGUCUCCGGGACCCCGGCUGCGGCGUCCCCGUGGCCCGCGGGCCAGCUGAGCGGCGGGAGCCGGCGCGUCCCGCGGACCCGGUAGAGACACUUCAAGAGCUGCUUAAUCCCGGAGUGGAGGGAGUGUGUAAAGACCCUGACGCUUUACCCUGAGACAAGUUCAGAAGUUUUCCUUGUAGGGAUCCUGCGGUUUGCUAAGCAGCAGCUUCUCCUGGCACAACUCCCCGCAAUCAGACGAACAGAGACAAUGCCUCGCGCCCUGCACCUGCAUUAAGAAGAGGUCCACAGCAGGCUUGGCCCAACAGAGUUUAGAGGAAGAUUUAUGAGACAUGGAACCUUCCAUCGGGUUUGGAAGAAAGUAGAGGGAAUGCGGAGAUGCCAGACCGCCACUAAGACCCAUGGACAAUCCCGUACUCACACUCCUUUAUCGAACUUUAAGAUUUAUCAGUAAUAUGCUGCCUUUGCAAGAUGAAAACAAACUAAUGCCAAGAAGGCAUAUUCUUCGGUAUUUGGAAUAGACGUGCUCUCAAGACAAUGGCUUCAAAGGUCUCCUGUCUAUAUGUUUUGACAGUUGUGUGCUGGGCCAGCGCCCUCUGGUAUCUGAGUAUAACUCGUCCCACUUCCUCCUACACUGGCUCCAAGCCAUUCAGCCACCUAACAGUUGCCAGGAAAAACUUCACCUUUGGCAACAUAAGAACUCGACCUAUAAACCCACAUUCUUUUGAAUUCCUCAUAAAUGAGCCCAACAAAUGUGAGAAAAGCAUUCCUUUCCUGGUUAUCCUCAUCAGCACCACCCACAAAGAAUUCGAUGCCCGCCAGGCAAUCCGAGAGACGUGGGGGGACGAGAACAACUUCAAAGGUAUCAAGAUAGCCACGCUCUUCCUCCUGGGCAAGAACGCCGAUCCCGUUCUGAAUCAGAUGGUGGAGCAGGAGAGCCAGAUCUUCCACGACAUUAUCGUGGAGGACUUCAUCGACUCCUACCAUAACCUUACCCUCAAAACAUUAAUGGGAAUGAGAUGGGUGGCCACUUUUUGUUCAAAAGCCAAGUAUGUCAUGAAAACCGACAGUGACAUUUUUGUCAACAUGGACAACCUGAUUUAUAAGCUACUAAAACCCUCCACCAAGCCAAGAAGAAGGUAUUUUACUGGCUAUGUCAUCAACGGAGGGCCGAUCCGGGACGUCCGCAGCAAGUGGUACAUGCCCAGGGAUUUGUACCCUGACAGUAACUACCCACCGUUCUGUUCGGGGACUGGCUAUAUCUUUUCAGCUGAUGUAGCUGAGCUCAUCUAUAAGACCUCACUCCAUACAAGGCUGCUUCACCUUGAAGAUGUAUACGUGGGACUCUGUCUUCGAAAACUGGGCAUACAUCCUUUCCAGAACAGUGGCUUCAAUCACUGGAAAAUGGCCUACAGUUUGUGUAGGUAUCGCCGAGUUAUCACCGUGCAUCAGAUCUCUCCAGAAGAAAUGCACAGAAUCUGGAAUGACAUGUCAAGCAAGAAACAUCUCAGAUGUUAGGAUUUUUACCGAUGUAAAUACACUUCUUUUCUUUUUUAAGAAAUGGGGCCUAGUGUGUUGGUAUUUUACUGGUGUCACCAGGGGAAAUGAACUGGCGUAGGGGUUUUGUAAAGUUUUUUCUUCCCUCUCCUAGUUUCUUUCUUGGAUUACCAAUUUCUAAGUGUUAGGCUCUGGUCAUAGAAACAAUACAUGAGUUAGAAGGGCCAGAUUUCAUGCUCAGGUCCUGAGGCACUGCAUUUAUCUCAAAAAGCAACAUCCUAACAACUGCUAGGAUUUACAUACUGUGCAUCUGAGAUAAAAAUCUGGUUCUGGGAAACCAAGACUCACAGUAAUGUCUUCAUAUCAUCUCUGCAAAAAUAAAAGUAAAUAACUCUUUUUCAGAAAUAAUGCACAGUCAGGAAGACACACUCAAUGUGAUUAUUAAUAUUAUGUGUGCUGUUACAUUGAAUUUUUACAUCUAUUGCCAUGUAAUGUGUACAGUAUUUGCGGUUCCACCAAGAAAUGAACUUAGGCCUGGCAGGGAGGCUACAGCUAAAUAAAUCGAAAUUUAAACUUGAAAAUCAAAUAUUCUGUAUGUUUGGAAGACAACUCUGCUUGCUCAUCCAAGGAUUAAAACUGGUCAUCCGGUGGAAUGUAUAUAAAAUGCUACUUAACAAAAUAAACAAGAGGGGUUUUUUGGGGUUUUUGUUGUUGUUGUUGUUGUUCUUUCAGAACAAACAUUACCUGGUGCCUCCAAGGAGAUUUUGCCAAAUGUAAUCUCACCUGCUUCCCUCCAUAGGGUGUUGCUAAGUGCAUUUUACAGUUUCUGGCUCAGGAAGGCACAUGUGUAGAAAAAAAGUCAGGAGGGCAGAAAAACAAUAAAUUACACGGAGAAGAUGCAAAUUUACAUAUACAUUAUAAUUAACAUAGACAAACUUAGCAGUCAUAUCAGAUGCCCCUCCCACGUAUUUGCAAAGCAUGUGAGAUCAUCUUUCAAUGGAUACCAAUGUCAUUGAGUGCUUUAGCCCUACAGUAAUAUUGUAACAUCUGAAACAUCCAAGUACCUCUAGCAGCAAUGCUAUUGGGAGGUGUUCUGGAAGCUCUGUGACUAAGGUCCACAGGAAGGAAGAGUGGAGAAGUUUGGAAUCAGUUUCUCUUGAUACCAUCACACUUGUUGGGUCAUGUGGGCAUGCAUCUUAACCUUGCUAUGCUUCAGUAUUCUCAUUUAUAAAAUAGAUGGAAAAAACACCUACCUCACAGGUGCUGUGAGAGCAAAUUGCAUUUGCUAAGUAUUUUGAGAUCCUUAGUUUACAAGGUGCUAAUGCAGUAUGUCAUGCGUUAUAACAAAUGCUAAAAUAAUUAAUUACAAUCAUGAUCAUCAGUAGUAGUAACAUCACCUUAAAUAUAAUUUAUGCCAAAAUAAAGAUCGAAUACAAAGUAUUCGUGCAUCCGAUUCUCCUAAGACUUUGACUUUUUCCCUGGAUAUCUUAGGUGUUUGGAGAAGCUUCAAUUUCUCUAUCAUUUCUUCCGGUUUCAAUGAAUCAGUUUUUACUUCUGUGCAUUGCCUUGAUUUCCCAGGGUGCUGAAAGUGAAGGCAGCUGCCUUUCCUCGGGGAGGAGCCUCUGGUUGGAAGUAAGUUACAAUAAUUGAAUCACAUGCUUUGCAAAAUGUGUAAUAUCCCAUCAACUUAGAUCUCAGGAAACAUUGAUCUGAAUUCUCAAUAAGAACUUUGAGGCCGGUAGAGCUAGUCCCCCUCUAUCAGAAGAAUAGGCAUUCAGCAAACCCACACACUGCACAGCUUCUGCUCAUUAAAAAACUUGUUUGUUUUCAUUCAAAGACAGCCCUGCAACUGAAAGAAUAUAACUUUUAAUCUCUUUCAAUCUAACUUUUAGAAGCUCCCCCUAGAAGUUGAUAGCAAACAAGUAAACAAAAUGAACAAAUGGAAGUCAUGGCCUAUUUCUUGACGACACUGGGUCUCUUAUCCCCAGUCCAAAAGAAUGCAAUAUGAGACAGGUCUUCCUGUCCUUCAGUACAUCUUCAUCAAACAGUCAGCUGGACUGCCGAGUUUGAUUGGAAAACAGCAUUAGGUAGCCUGGGGAGAGAUGGAUCAACACAAGGUGAGCCCCUCUCUCACCCCCAACCCUCAACUGCUGUGAGUUCCAGUCAUUGGAAAAGUCUCAUGACUCUGUACUUGGUUCGCGAUUCCACCACGUAGCUGAAUCAAGCCUCUGUCUUAUACUAACUACCAUCUUGCAUUUACCUGAUACUCAGUCAAGCCACCUUCGUGUCAAGGGAUUGCACAUUAUAAACAUCACAUAUGUACAUCUAUGAAUUGUUUUGUGUGUGUGUAUGCGUGUACAUUAUAGAGCCCUAAUCUUUAAAAGGAGCAAAAAUUGGAGAAUCAUAUGUCUUAAAGAACUAUUUCCUAACUUUUUUAUGGUAGGUAGUGCCCAUGUGACAAACAUGUAAAUAUUCAUCAAAGACCAUAUGUAUAUAUUUUAAAGGCAUUUUUUUCCUUCUCCCCGUACGUAUAGUUAGAAUCUGCUUGUUAUGUACAUUUUCUUCUGCAUGGAGCUUGGUGAGGCAAAGCCAUUUGUCCAGUGUUUCAAUAGCCAAAAGCAUGUUUGCCCUUCAUUUUUUGAAUGUUCAAAAAAAAAAAAAAGUUUAAGUAACGUGAUCAGGAAAAAAGCUCUAAUUUUCUACUUUUCUUAAUUUUAUGACACUGGCCAAACUAUGGUUUCAAUUAUUUAAGCCAUUUUUAAAUGUAUUUUCAUUUCUCUUAUAUAAAAUAAUGUUUCAGACAGUAUUGUACCAGGAGUCGUUCAGAUAAUUUUUAUAAAAACCUUCUGAUUGUCCCCCUACCUGUUUUGUUCAUUAUGCAUUGGAUAACAAAAUGUAUCAAUAAUUAGUGUCUGUAUUCUUAGAAUUUCUUUUUAAAAUUUAUUUUUGGAAAAAAGUUUGAUCUUUGCUGGCUAGUUUGCAAGGCUUUGGGUCUUCUUAUAUCGGACCAAAUGCCAGUUUCAAUACAUAAUAUCAUAUUUUUAAAUAACCAGAAUCAAAAAAUGAAGAUCAUUUUCGAUUUGGAUCAAAUUCUAGAACCCUUUGUGUGAUGAUACAGGGGAAACAAACUCCUGACAGAGAAGCUAAGAAAGAAGUUUUUCAAUCAAAAAUCUCUUCUAUCAAAAGACAAUGGAACAUUUACAUAAAGCUUCUGGGAUUCCUUUUCUACCUUUCCUAAUAUGUGGGUUUAGUGGGGGGAAUUGAUUAUGUCAUUUCUUCUGUAAAGGUGAGGAUAGUUUUUAUAAGCAACAAAGUAACUUGUGAAUGAAAGAAGUAAUUUACUAGAAACGCUUGUUGAUGAUAAUUGACAUUUAGGUAUAUCGUUAUAUAUGAAUGAUUGUUUAUUUAUGUAUUUAUUUGUCAGAAUUGUACAUACUAUUUCGCCAAACGUAAUUGUCUGUAAAAGUGCACUCUCCAGGUUUGUAGUACUAUUUAGGGUUACAUGGGUUGCCAAUCAAGCUGCUAAUCAGAAUACUAUUUUUUGUAUCAAUGUUAUAAAACUGAAAAAUGACAAAUAGAUGCUGAAGAUGUCUUUACAUUCAGUUUCUUCACCUUCCUCUUGAAUUGUAAACUGUCGAUUGAAAGCACGAUGCCAAUGUAUAAGCCCAUCUGUCACGAGGAAGAUUAUGGUUCCAUAAAGCUGAUUUUUUAAAAACCAUUGGGACAAAUAAACAGAAGGAGAAGAUA